AUGAAUGGUAGUGUUACUCGAUUCGAAGAGAUAGAAUCUGAAAAGGAGAAUAUACUCCCGUUGAAAUAUGGUAGAUCAGCAGCUCAAUUGUCUCAUUCUUUACAACAGGAUGUCUCUGAACUUAGCUCUGUCAAGAUCUCUUUUGAGCGAAGACUAAUUGACGAUUUAGAGGAAAUGGAUGAUCCGUUAGAAUUGUUCUUAAAAUAUAUUGAUUGGAUUAAUAAUGCUUAUCCACAAGGUGGAAAUUCCAAGCAAAGUGGUAUGCUGGAUAUCAUGGAGAGAUGUUUAUUGUAUUUUAAAGAUGUGGAGACUUAUAGAAAUGAUCCAAGAUAUUUGAAAAUUUGGCUUUGGUAUAUAGAACUAUUUUCGAGUGAUUCUAUAAUUGAAACAAAAGAUAUCUUGGUUUAUAUGUAUCGUAACAGAAUAGCUCAAAAACUAGCCUUGUUCUAUGAACAAUUCUCGAUCAUCAUGUUUAAUAUGCAUAAGUACAAGGAAUCUCAUUAUAUACUGUCCUUGGGGGUUAAAGAGAAUGCAAGACCGCAUACUAGAAUAACAAGAAAACUACAAGAUUUAGAAAAUAAACUUGUUGAAAUGAAUAUAGAUAUUAACAAUAGGGAUUUGGAAUAUAAUUAUAACGAAAAUGAACCAAAUUCAAGGGGGGUGCCUUUAUUUUUACAAUCUUUUAAUCCACCAAGAAUGGUUUUAGGAAGAGAGGUAUCAAAUAUACCUCAUGUUUCUGUACGACAUGACCAAGUGGAGAAUGAUAUACAACAAUCCUCCAAGCAGGGCAAACUUCACAUAUUUAAAGAUACAGAUAAUUCUAAAAAUGAUGAAAUUGAUGGAUUGAGGAAAGAUGGCUGGAACAUUUUAGAAUCGAAACAUAUUAGAGAUAAAGAAAAUAAAGCAACGUCAGACUUACUAGAACCAGGUGUGAAUAUUGGUAAAAUUUAUCAAGACAGAAAUUCAACAUUAAUCCGCAAAGAUGAAAAAAAAAUAACAGAAAAAUUACCUAUAUUCCAAGAUAAGUUAGGAAGACCGGAACCAACUUAUAAGAUAAUAGAGAUACCAGGAAGGAAGACAGAAAAAAUCGAUUGUAAUUUUAAUUUAAUAUACCCAAAUACUCAUGAAGAAUACUCCUUGGAAGAAAUAUUAGCAUUGUCCAAAAACAUUUAUCAUAAAAUACAAAAACCAAAGACUUCUAUACCUUCUAAUGAUGAUGAACAUAUCAGGAAAAAAAUGAAAACAAGCAUCCCACUAUCAAAUAAGAAAAUUGAAUUUCCUCCAACUCAACCGCCGUUAGAGCCAGGCUCAACAUCCCCAUCAACAUUGGAUCAAAAUAUUAAUAAUGGGCAUAUUAAUAAAUCACUAACAUUAGAAUAUAAGAAUCAUACAAGAACUUCAAUACUGCCUUUAAAUGAUGUACCUAUAUCCGAUGAAACAGAAGUUCCCAACACUGCUGCAAAAGCUCCAAAUUCUCCUACAGUAACUUUCUUUUCGAAGGAUGCAAUGAAUGAAGUUUAUUCAAUGUUCAAUCAACAUUAUCAAGAGCCAAAUGAAGGAGCUGAAAAUGAGGAUACAACAAGUAAAUUUGCUUUCUUUGAAAACUUUACUGAAGAAUUUACAAGACAGAAUAUUGAUGAUUUGACUGAAGUGAAAAAUAAUCUACCUCAACUAGACAAGACGCCUAACCGUGAAACAAAUGUUAGUUCGGAAAUAGAAAAUAUCGAUGCUUCUAAACAGCAAUUGACUACUACGUAUAAGAGUAAACUUAAAGAGUAUAUGACACCUAUCAAAGAAAAAAAUGAAAACUCUAUUAGAACCAUCAAUAGCACGCAAAGCUCGCCAUUUUUAACUCAACCACAGCCGUUAAUUUCGAAUAUUAUUAACAAUCCUUUAGAUGAAAAAUUUAGAACUGAGUUGUUGGGACUAGUUUCUCCACCUUUAGAUACUUACUCAACGUUUUAUCGCUAUAAUCAGUCUCUGAAGAUGAGUACCUUGCUGAAGAAAAUUCACAAAGUUAGUAUAUCUGAGAAUAAAAAUCCCAUAGUCGAUUUUAAAAAGACUGGUGAUUUGUAUUGCAUUAGAGCUGAACUUGGUGAGGGCGGUUAUGCUACGGUAUACCUGGCAGAAUCUAGUACAGGAAAAUUGAAGGCCUUGAAAGUUGAGAAACCUGCAAGUGUAUGGGAAUAUUAUAUUUUGAAACAAGUUGAAUUUAGAUUACAAAAUAGAGAUAUUUUAAGGUCAAUUAUUAAUGUCAAUUCGCUACAUUGUUUUCUCGACGAGAGUUACUUGGUAUUAAAUUAUGCGAAUCAAGGUACUCUAUUGGAUUUGAUCAAUUAUUAUAAAAAUUCGAGAGGUACAGGGAUUGAUGAGAUAUUAUGCAUGUUUAUAACUGUAGAAUUGAUAAAAAUCAUUACAAGUAUUCAUUCUGUUGGUAUAAUUCAUGGUGAUUUAAAACCUGAUAAUUGUAUGAUAAGAUUUGAAAAAGGUAAGAUCAAUUCAUAUCAAGCCAGUGGUGAUAAUGGAUGGUACCGUAAAGGCAUUUAUCUAAUCGAUUUUGGUAGAUCAUUUGACAUGACAAUUUUACCAGAAAAUACUAAGUUUGUUGCCAAUUGGGAAACUGACAAUCAGGAUUGUCCUCAAAUGAGAAAAGGUGAAUGUUGGAGUUACGAAGCUGAUUACUAUGGUUUAGCAAGUAUAAUAUUCUGUAUGUUGUUUGGAAAAACAAUUGAAAUUAGUAGAGAUGGGGCAUUAAGGUGUAGUAUGAAAAGGUACUGGAGAGGGGAAGAAAUAUGGAAUCCACUAUUUUCACUGUUAAUACAAGGAAACAAAGUUGACAAUGUCAAUAACAUUGAGCAACAGUUACAAGAUAUAAGGAAACGAAUCGAAGAUGUCUUAACAGAAGAACAUAGUGAUAGACUAAAAAGUUUGAUAUACGAUUUAGAGAAUGAGUUAUGUACAAGGAACAUGAAGAUAUGA